CCCUAGCAGCUAGAAGGACAGGGGAGAAAUGGCUGAUACCAUAGCUGAUACAAGAAGGCUCUUCACUAAGCCUCAGAACUUAAAUGACGCUUAUGGACCCCCGAGUAAUUUUCUAGAGAUUGAUGUGAGCAAUCCUGAGACCGUCGGGGUUGGCAGGGGCAGAUAUACCACGUAUGAAGUCAGACUGAAGACUAACCUCCCCAUCUUCAAGCUGAAGGAGUCUUGUGUUCGGAGGCGGUACAGCGACUUUGAGUGGCUCAGAGCGGAGCUGGAGAGGGAGAGCAAGGUGGUCGUCCCUCCUCUCCCAGGAAAAGCUCUUAUCCGACAGCUUCCGUUUCGAGGGGAUGAUGGGAUAUUUGAUGACUCUUUCAUUGAGGAGCGGAGACAGGGUCUUGAGCAGUUUCUCAACAAAGUGGCCGGUCACCCUCUAGCCCAGAAUGAACGAUGCCUGCACAUGUUUCUACAGGAGGAGUCUGUGGACAAGAACUACACCCCAUCCAAAGUCAGGCAAGCCUGAAAAGAAAAGAUGGCUCUGCUUGACCUGGUCUGGUUCGACCCCGCUCAGCUCAGCUUGGCCCGAAAACCCAAAGCUCUCUUCACUGCUCCAGGUUUCUCUCAGACAAUAAACAUUUCAAUGAGAAAUUCCCCUCCUCGCAUCCCCCCCAAAAUUAUAUCGUUCACUGCCUCUUUUAGUUCAAUUAGUGACCCCGAUUGGUGUUUGUUUUCACCUUCUAAUUGGAGUAAAGAAUGUUCGACACAUAACUGUGGUUCAAAGUAAUUUAUAGUAAUUUUAUGUCUGGAAAUGCCACUAACAUGUAUUUAUCAUUUAGCUAUGUCUUGAAUAUAUUCAUUUAUAUAGUAACAUUGAAUGAGCGUUCUAUGUAUGCAAAGCUAUUAUAAAGACCCACAGCAUUUCCCAUCAUAUAUAUCCAAUAAUGGCAUGUUGCUCACCAUAAAUAGCAACUAAACACACACAUAUAUUUGAUGGGCCUUGACUUUCAAAUCACACUUAGUUGAUCCUAAUCUCAAAAGGAAGCACAUGUGUGUACAUCAACCAGCACCUGCCCAGUUAUCACAAUUUUCUCUGAUUUUCUAGCAAGGAAGAAGUAAUUUACACAGAGGGAACUGCAGUAUUUCUACAGGCUAUAUGCAUUUUGAGAUUUGUAUACUGCUGUGCCAUUUUUGUUUAUUUUGAAGAUUUUCCAAUAAAAUAGGUGAAAUGUC